AUUUUCCCCCGCCCUCCCGAGUCCAGCACCGAGUGCUGAAGACACCUUGACCUCCCUCGUUAGCGGCUUGUCCAGAACAUGAAGUGGUCUGCGAUUGUCUUCCUCUCUACCGCGUCUCCCGCGCUCGCCGCAGUGCAGGAGAUAUGGUGGAACAUCACCUACGUCCAGAACGCCAACCCCGACGGUCUCCAACCUCGCCGGGUCAUUGGUGUCAACGGCACCUGGCCGCCACCACCAAUUGACGUCACGACUAACGACACGCUCAUCGUCCAUGCCAUCAACUCCAUCGACCAGCCGACCUCCCUGCACCACCACGGUAUGUUCUUCAACUCCACGUCCUGGAUGGACGGCGCCGUGGGUGUCUCGCAAUGUGGUACCCCGCCCGGUCAGACCUUCGAUUACGUCGUGCCCAUCAACUCCUCGGGUCAGUGGGGGACGUACUGGAUCCACUCGCACGCAUCCGGCCAAUACGUCGAUGGGCUCCGUGCGCCCGUAGUCAUUCAUCCCGAGAAGGAAGUACAUGCGUACGACGAGGAGUUCACCAUCGUUCUCGGUGACUGGUACCACAGCCAGCACGAUGAGCUGCUCAAACAGUUCAUCUCUAUCGCUAACCCCGGUGGGGCCGAGCCCGUACCAGACUCAGCAUUGAUGUACUUCGCGCAAAACGGCACCUAUCUUGGGCCUAUCGCUGGCACUAGCCCUGACCCUGUCACCGGUCAGGUCGGCUUCAAUGAGAACGCAACUCUUCCUUUCCAGCCUGGGAAGACGUACCGCCUGCGCAUCGUCAACACAAGCGCCUUCGCUGCGUUCUUCUUCUGGAUCGACGGUCAUGAUAUGCGCAUCAUUGAGGCUGACGGUACCGAUGUCGCGGAGUCGCCUAUUGACCUGAUUGGCAUUACCGUUGCACAGCGAUACUCUAUUCUCGUCACUGCACGCAACGACACCUCCGCGAACUGGGCCAUCCACGCGAACAUGGACACAGACAUGUUCGACACAGUUCCCGACACCCUCAACCCCAACGUGACCUCCUCCAUCACCUACUCCUCCUCCGCCCCGCUCACCAACCUCGGCACGGUCGACGCCUACCACGACGUCGACGACCUCGCGCUGGUGCCCACCGACGUCAUCCCGCUCGACCCCGCGGACCGCACGAUCGAGCUCGAGGUCUCGUUCGACACGAUGGCCGACGGCACGAACCACGCCAUGUUCAACGGCAUCACGUACAACUCGCCGCUCGUGCCCGCGAUCAUGUCCGAGAUGAGCCUCAGCCAGAACGCGAGCGUCGCGGGCGCGUACGGCCCGACGAGCUUCGUGCUCGACCACCUGACGACGUUCGACAUCGUGCUCAAGAACGGCGACGCCGGCAAGCAUCCCUUCCAUUUGCACGGGCACAAGAUGCAGCUCGUCGGGCGCUCGCAGGACUACACGUCGGACGACCCGACGCUCAACCCGCCGCUGAACGAGAGCCAGCCGAACCCGAUGCGCCGCGACACCGUCCAGGUGCCCUCGGGCCAGUCCGUCACGCUCCGCGUCGUCGCCGACAACCCCGGCGCCUGGUUCUUCCACUGCCACAUCGAAUGGCACCUCGAAGUCGGCCUCGCGGUGCAGUUCAUCGAAGCGCCGCUCGUCGCGCAGCAGCGCAACGCGAUCCCGCAGUACAUGUACGACCAGUGCGCCGCGCUCGGGCUGCCGACGUCGGGCAACGCCGCGGGGCACGCGUCGGCGACGGACCUCUCCGGGCUCGUGCUCGGGCCGUUCCCGCAGAACAACGGCUGGCACCCGCGCGGGAUCGGCGCGAUGUUCGGGUGCGUGCUCACUGCGGUGAUCGGGAUGAGCACGGUGACGUGGUACGCGCUCGGGGGGCACAUCUCGGAGGAGGAGAUGGAGCACGAGGCGCGGGAGCACCAGGAGGCGAAGGAGAAGAGGGGGAGGUUGUUCGGGCUCAUCAAGCGCAAGCGGGAUUGAGCUGCGCUGCGUCGGGGUUGUUCUGUACGUUGUCUGUCGUGCGGGGAGCCAGAGACGCACUCGUUUGCUCAUAUGGGCCUCUCGACAGUGUACGAGUAGUGGCGUUCUUGCUGCGGAAAAAGGGUUGGUGCUCUCGGUGUGAGGUGGUGCUGCUCAUCACAUUACGAUGGUAUUGGUAGCGAUGAUAUCUUUAUGUCUGUGCAGUCGUUGACGAUCCCUCUGGAGCAUGUCAAUGCGUAUGCAAAGGAGCCUACCGUAGUUCU